AUGCUGGCCGCGUCCCUCGCGGAGACGCCGUCGAUGCUCCGCCUCCUGCGCUACCCGGCGGGCGCCGCGGGAUCGCUGUCGGCGCACACGGACUUCGAGGUGCGCGUCGACGGCAAAUGGCGCCGCGCGCGGGCCUUCCCCGACGACGCCUGCGCCGUGGUGUUGGCGGGCGACGCGCUCGAGUUCUGGACGAACGGGAACGUCCGCGCCGCGCGGCACCGCGUCCGGCCGGCGGCCGCGGCGGCGCCGCGCCACUCCAUCGUCCUCUUCCACGCGGCGCGCGACGACGCGGACCUCGCGCCCCUGGCGCACCUCGUCGGCCCCGGCGGCCCCUGCGCGCGCUACGUCGCGGCCAAGGACGACGCGGACGCGCACGACGGGGCGCCGGGGACGCUCACGCAGCUCCGCCACCUCCUCCGCCGCCGGGGCAUCUGCGUCUUCGACCUGGACCACACGCUGCUCCACAUGCUCAAGGAGGAGGACAUGCCCGCCGAGGUCGGCGACGUGACCGAGGACGUGGUCGGCUUCAGCUACCAGGGCGUGGACUACAGCAUCGCGCUCCGCGUCGGGACGACGUCCCUCGUGAGCGAGCUCCAGAAGAAGGGCAUCGACGUCGCCGUCGCCACGUGCAACCUCCUCGGGGACCAGGCGGGGACCGGAGUCGUCGAGGCCAUCGCGGACCGGUGCGACGUCUUCAAGGACAUCCCCGUCCACGUCAUCGAGUCGCGCGACAAGGGCGGCAAGUCCCUCAAGGACCUCGGCCUCUCGCGGCCCCGCGUCGUCAUCUUCGACGACUCCAUCAACGCCUGGGUCGCCGAGGACCAGGAGUUCGUGUUCACGGCGGACCGCUUCGACGUCAACGCCAUGGCGUCGGCGAUCCAGGCGGACGACGACGCGGGCGACGAGGCGGUCGACCGGGAGCUCGGCUAUUUGACGAACAUCCGGGAGGCGGUCAUGGGCUUCUUCGCGCCGCCGACGAUCGACUGGAACGAGGGCCUGGACUCGGAGCCGGGCACGCCGCGGGAGCCGCGGCCGGAGCGGUCGAGCUCGUUCUCGAAGGAGUUCCACGGGUCGCCCGCGGCCUCGGCGUCGAGCGCGCGGCUCUCCGAGGCGCCCGGCGCGGACGGCGACGCCCUCUCGGACACCAACAGACCGCUUAAAGACCGGUCACUAAAACGGCCGGCCGGGGACGAGCCGCCGCCGUCCCCGGACCUCAGCAAGAAGCCCCGGACGACGACUGAUGCGGAUGCGACGACUGCGCGACUGGAUCUGCCCUCUCUCGUGCCU